AUGGCACACGCGGCAGACACCUUGCUCAAGGACGGCUCGGACUCCUUCCACGCCACCUUGGCGGCGCAGCUCGAAGCGUCGCUCGGCAAGACACUUCCGCAACUUGAAAUUCGAUUCCAGGACCUCGCGAUUGCCGCUGACAUGGCUGUGGCGACCAAGGACGGCCACGAACUCCCGACCUUGUUGAACGAUGUCACGAAGGGGGUCAUGGGCCUCUUCAGCGCCAAGCGUUCGAUUCGCAAGGACAUUUUGCAUCCGAUGACCGGCGUCUUCAAGCCGCGCACGACGACACUCGUGCUCGGUCAACCCGGCUCGGGCAAGUCCUCACUCAUGAAGCUCCUCUCGGGUCGCUUCCCGAUGGAAAAGAACAUUUCGAUUGGCGGUCACGUCACAUACAACGGCGCGGCGCUCGAGGUCGUUGGCAACACGCUGCCGCAGUUUGCGUCGUAUGUGAGCCAGCGCGACUUCAAUUACGCAAGCUUGACGGUGAAAGAGACGCUCGCCUUUGGUCACGCGUGCAGCGGUGGUGCCGCGGUGCCGCCCCGUCUCCUCGACUCGCUUACGCACGGCUCGCCGGACGAGAACGCGCAGGCCAAAGCCGUGAUCCAGUCCUUGUACCAUGUUUACCCCGACAUCAUCACGCGCCAGAUGGGUCUCAAGAUCUGCGAAGACACGAUCGUCGGCAACGGCAUGCUCCGCGGUGUCUCGGGCGGCGAGCGCAAGCGCGUGACGGUCGGCGAGAUGGAGUUUGGCAUGAAGAUGGUGUCGUUCAUGGACGAGAUCAGCACGGGUCUCGACUCGGCGGCGACGUUCGACAUUGUCAAGGCGCAAAAAGGCAUGGCCGCGUCGCUCAAGAAGACGAUUGUGAUUGCCUUGUUGCAGCCGUCGCCCGAAGUCUACAACCUGUUCGACGAUGUCCUCCUCCUCAACGAAGGCCAUGUCAUGUACCAUGGUCCGCGCGCCACGUGCUUGGCGUAUUUUGAGUCGCUCGGGUUCAAGUGCCCUUUGCACCGCGAUGUCGCCGACUUUCUUCUCGAUCUCGGCACACCCGAGCAGGACCAGUACCUCGUCGCCCACAGCAUCGACGCGCACACGCCGCGCACACCGGCCGAAUACGCGUCAGUCUUUAAAGAGUCGGCGAUCUUUGCCGCGAUGCUAUCGCACCUCGCGGCACCCACGGACCCGGUGCUUGUCGACGCCGCGACGUCACACCUCGCGACGUUGCCGGCGUACCGCGUGCCGUUUGGGGCGAGCACGAAAGCGCUAGUCCAGCGCCAAGUGAUGGUCUUUCUGCGGAACCGCGAGUUUGUCGUGAGCCGCAUCAUCAUGGUGCUGGUCAUGGCCUUCCUCUACUCGACGUCGUUCUACCAAGUCAACGCCGACCAGAUCAUCAUGGUGCUUGGCGUCAUCUUUAUGACGGUCCUCUUCCUCGCGCUCGGGCAGCUGCCCAUGAUCCCGGCGAUCGUCGAAGCGCGCGAAAUCUUUUACAAGCAAAAGCGCGCCAAUUUCUUCCGCACGUCGUCGUUCAUUUUGGCGCAGUGCACGACCCAAGUGCCGUUUGCGUUUCUGGAGACGAUCCUCUUUGGCUCGGUCAUGUACUGGGUCACGGGCUUCACGUCGAGCGUUGGUGCGUUCUUGACGUACCUCCUCCUCCUGUAUGUGACCAACCUCGCGUUCACGACGUGGUUCUUCUUUCUCGCGUCGAUUUCGCCCAACCUCAACGUCGCACAGCCCGUCUCGAUGGUGUCGGUGCUCUUCUACAUCCUCUUUUCGGGCUUUGUCAUGUCGUCGGCCGAUAUGCCCGACUACCUCGUUUGGAUCUACUGGAUCGACCCGCUCGCGUGGUGCAUCCGCGCCUUGGCCAUCAACCAGUACUCGGCGUCCGAGUUCCAAACCAUUCUUUUGAACGGGUACCCGGCCACCGACCUUGCGAUCCGCCGGUCGACCGGCUACUGCGAGCAGAUGGACAUCCACUCGGAAGCAGCAACGUUCCGCGAGGCGUUCCAGUUUAGCGCGAUGCUGCGGCAGUCGGACGAGAUUCCCGAGGCGGACAAGUUGGCAUUUGCUGAAGAAUGUCUCGAGCUUCUCGACAUGAAGCACCUCGGUGACAAGAUCAUCCGCGGCGCGUCGGUCGAGCAGAUGAAGCGCUUGACGAUCGGUGUCGAGCUCGCGGCCGCGCCGUCUGUGCUCUUCCUCGAUGAACCAACGUCCGGCCUUGAUGCGCGCUCGGCCAAGAUCAUCAUGACCGGCAUCCGCAAGAUUGCCUCAACAGGUCGCACGGUCGUCUGCACGAUCCACCAGCCAUCGGCCGAGGUGUUCGAGAUGUUUGACUCGCUCCUCCUCCUCAAGCGCGGCGGCGAGACCGUCUUCUUUGGCGACCUCGGCGCGAAAGCGAGCCAUUUGAUCGAGUACUUCCAGGCGAUUCCCGACACGCCAGCCCUUUCCGACGAGGCCAACCCCGCGACGUGGAUGCUCGAGGUCAUUGGCGCUGGCGUUGAGAGCAAGAACGCCCACCCGAAGGACUAUGUGCAGAUCUUCAACGCGUCCGAAGAGCGCCGGAACCUCACUGCGUCGCUUGCGAUUCACGCCAACGUCCACCCGUCGUUGCCCGAGCUGACGUUUGCCAACAAGCGCGCCGCGUCCUCGUCGACCCAAUUCAAGAUGGUGACGCAGCGCUUCUUCCGCGUGUACUGGCGCACGCCGUCGUACUGCAACACGCGCAUCUUCAUCUCGAUCUUCCUCGCGGUGCUCUUUGGCCUCGUCUUCCGCGUCGUCGACUUUACGACCUUCUCGGGUGCCACCGGCGGCGUCGGCAUGAUCUUCCUCACGUCCAUCUUUGUCGGGUUGAUCUCGUUCAACAGCGUGAUUCCGCUCGCUGGCGAAGAGCGCGCGUCGUUCUACCGCGAGCGCGCCGCGCAGACGUACAAUUCGCUGUGGUACUUUGUCGGCGCGACGCUCGUUGAGAUCCCGUACUCGAUUGUCUCGACGUUCGUUUUCACGGCCAUUUACUACCCGUUUGUGGGUCUGAACGAGUCGGUGGGCGCGUGUGUCUACUACGGCUUCAACCUCACGCUCAUGGUCUUGAUGAACGUCUACAUGGGCCAGAUGAUGGCGUACGCGAUGCCGUCGAUUGAGGUCGCCACGCUCGCCGGCAUCCUCCUCAACUCGAUCUUCUUCCUCUUCAUGGGUGUCACGCCGAUCGCGUCCGAGAUCCCGAGUGGUUACCGCUGGCUCUACACGAUCGUGCCGCCAAAGUACUCGGUGGCGAUUCUGACGUCGCAGACACUGGCGAAAUGCACGGGCGACAAGACACAACUCGGGUGCCAGACGCUCAAGAACGUGCCGCCGAGUUUGCUCCAGCAAAUGAAUGCGACCAGCAUCACCGUCAAGGAGUUCAUCGAGUUUACGUACGAAAUGUACUACGACGACGCGCUCAUGGACAUCCUUGUCGUCGUUGGCUGCAUCUUCUUUUUCCGACUCCUCGCGUUGCUCGCGCUCCGGUACAUCAACCACACCAAGCGGUAA